GUUAAAGAACAAUUGGAACUAAAGUUGAAAGGUUGGCCAAACCCAUUUAAUGUUGUUAAGAAAGAUUGACAUUUGAGUUUGCAUCAUACGACGACUCGAAGUUGUGAACCUCGAGCCAACUAGGGUAGUAGUUCAUGAGUGACUUCAUAUAUAGCUCGCCAACUAACUUAGUAAUGUCUUGUGGAUUGCUUUGGUUACAUAGUUUAUAUUGUAAAGUGACUCGGUCAUUUGACUCCACUAUUAUCCCCAUUCAACAGUGAUUCAUGGAACGAAAUUAGAACGAGCAAGAGCAUGUGGAAUGAGUGGGUUUAGGGUUUAGGGUUUAGGGUUCAGGGUUUAGGGUUUAGGGUUCUUCUUCAUACUACAAUGUGAUAUACACACUACAAGAAAAGAGUUUUCUAAUCACAACAUGUAGGCAUGAAACCUAUUUUCAUGCUAAAAAUAAUAUAAAGAAUCAAGAAAAAAUAACUUACCAUAUUUAAUUAUGAAGAAGAAUAACAAAAAAAAUAUGAUGAAUCUUUCCUUUGUUAAUGACCAGAAACAAUUAAUUAUCCAACUAAAAUUUUAAGAGGGAAAAAUCCCUCCAAUUUUUUGCCCAAUCAAAAUUUGAGAACUAAAAAAUUCCCUCCACAUUUUCGACCGGCCCUUUUCUCAAAGAGGGAAAUGAAAGAUCUGAUCAUUUCCAAAAAAAAAUUCUGAUCCCUUACCUCUACGCAUCUCUUCUCUGGUCUCUCAAAACCCUCUUGACUGCUCUGCUAAUCUCCAUCAACGGCGAAGAAGAAGACGGCGACGGCGGAGAAGAAGAUGGUGAUGGUGGAGAAGAAUGGAUACUGCGGCGGCGGGGACGAGGCACACAUGCAUGAAGCUCGAGAUUUACACCCCUGCGAGCGAACCAGUCUUCGUCAAGGGAACGUCGUUCGAGGGUCGCUUCGACCUCUCCAUCACCGACGGCCUCCACUCUUGGGUCUGCCACGGUAAACCUAUAUCUCCCCUUACUUUUCUUGUUCGACUGAUAUCGACUCUCGUGUUUGAAUCUCUCCGUUUAUACGGGGUUUCUUUUAUCAUCCUAACUCUUGCUUCAAAUUUUGCAGCUAGGGAAGAGGAUGCGAGAGAUAGAGCGGCGCAGUGGGUCAGCCAGUAUCCGAGUAUAUCCAAUUGGCGGAGAAGCACCUGGGGUUUCAAAUCCCUGGCUCGAUCUAGAGGUUCGACGAUGCCGGCGAUGGCUGCAAACGAGUUAGUGAUUCGCUUUUUCUAUAAUUUUUGUCCCGUUUGGAAUUGUGUUCAAUUUGGUUUGCUUUUGGAUUCUAUUUACCCAUUAUGUGAAUCAAACUUCAUUAUAAGUUAGGAAGAUUGAAGCGAUUGUAUGAAGGGUUUGCUUUCGUUCUAUCUAGCUUUGGGGCUGCCAUAGGUCUUUGAAAUGGUGAGCUUAGUUGUUCCUGACACUCUUCUUGUUAGUUGGUACCUAGUGAAUAAUUCAGUUACUGCAAUGUCACUGGUGGCCUGAUUUUGGCUUGAAAGAAGGAUAGGGUCUCGUCGGUCUCGUAGUAGUCGUAUUAAAGUCGAUUGAGGUUGAAUAUCUGGAAAUUAUUUUGAUCUUCCCUUCUCGUGUUUGCCGUUCUCGAUAGUUUCGUGUGAAUUUCUCGCUCCGAUUCCUUGAUAUGCUAUAGAUAUGUGUUAGGAAGAAUGUUUGCUGAGAUGUAUGGAAUUGCUGUUUUCCAGAUUAACCCUACCAAAUACAAGAGCAUCUCGUCUGGCUUCAGGGUGUUGCUCAAGGAGCAAGGUGUAAGAGGUUUCUUCAGGGGAUGGGUGCCUACUCUCCUUGGUUACAGUGCUCAGGGCGCCUGCAAGUUUGGCUUCUAUGAAUUCUUCAAGAAGUACUACUCUGAUAUUGCUGGCCCCGAGAAUUCUGCCAAGUACAAGACCUUGAUCUACCUUGCUGGUUCUUCCUCUGCUGAGGUGAUUGCUGACAUUGCUCUUUGCCCGUUUGAGACAGUGAAGGUUAGAGUGCAGACUCGGUAUGGGUUCGCCAGAGGUCUCUCUGAUGGUCUGCCCAAGUUCGUGAGAUCUGAAGGUGCUUUGGGGUAUGUGCUUCUAUUCGACUGAAUGAAUUGUUUAAUAUCUGUUGCUUCUUUUUCGAGUGAAUGAGUUGUUUAAUAUCCAUCACAGCUCGGCACAUUCCUGACAUUGUCUUUUACUGUUAUCAUGCAGAUUGUACAAGGGUCUUGUUCCUCUCUAGGGACGCCAAAUUCCUUGUAAGUGGACCCUUACCUACUUUUCUUUAGUAGUUAGUGCUCUUUAUAUUGUGUUUGAAACUAGCCUUUAGUAUCUGAAUCAAAGGUUAGGCAGUUGUAGUAUAUACGGAAGACUGAUGAUAAUGAGAUUUUGUUGCAUUUCAGCUGAUUUUGCAUCCAAUCUCCAUUAAGUUUUGUUUGUGAAUGAAAUGUGUGGUCAUCGCAAUUUUUACUUGAACCAUUAUCCUGUGCAACAAGGUUCAAAUUCCUUGUCAAUGGAGUCCCGGAAACUGUUUUUCUUUCAGUAAUUUGUUAUCCUCGUUUUCUCUUUGAUAGCGGCUUGUAGUAUUCUAGACUAUUUUAUAGUUAUGCUUAUACGAGGCAGAUCAGCGUUGUUAGACUUUUUAGGGUUGAAAGCUAUGUGUUUAAUUCUGUGCUUGCAAGCUUUGGUGCAUGACUCUUUACAGAAGAAAACAAAUAAAAUUGAUGCAUGGCAUAUUAACUUGUCCUGAGAUUGGUGGCGUCCGAAGAGUUGAUGUUGAUGAACCUGAUAUGGCGUGAUACAUUGUUUCGAUAACUUAUGUCUGAAUUUGCAUGCUGAAUGUGGAAUGUAAAGGAACUCUAUGAUGAGUUCAAUUGCAGUUGUAACAGUCUUCUGUAUCUAGCACUCCUGCUUUCGGUAAUUCUCCGCCAUUAGUUGGGGGUAAGUUUAGUUUUGUAUUAGCAAGCCCAUGCUGUUGGUGUCCUACUUGUGGUUGCUGUGACAUAAGAUGAUUGUAUUAUGUGAUUGUGCACAUAGACAUAUAUGGUAUGUAUAACAAUGAUUAUGUUUACCUUGUUUUCCGAUUGUUUUUUCUGCUUCCCCAUGGCUUUCAUUUCUUCGUCUCCAAUUCAAUGAGGCUGUGUUAAUCCGUUUUGAAGUUGUAUACCAUAGUAGUCCAAGCUAGUUUACUGUUAGAGCUUAUGAUCUCUGCAGGUCCCCCUUGUCUGUGAUUUUGGUUUUUAUAUCUUCUCUCUACAUUUCAUUUCAUAUGCACAAAUGGGUCUCAGAUUGAUCACCAAAAAUGUUGUCAAUAGAUCCCAUAUCUCAAUAUUCUUUGUGGCAGUAUCCUAUGUUUUCUGACUUGCUUAAUAAUUAGUUUAGUGCCCUAUAUAGGAACUGCUGACACAAAAGCCACACGAGGGCAGCCUGAGAAGUUAGAGUCAAUAUCAGCUGUGCCUGUCUACAAAGAGAAAAGCCACGAGGAGUUAAGAUGGGAGGAUUAUCAAUCUGGAGACAAAGGUGAUUACUAGUAGAAUUCGCUGGUGUUACUUGGAGUCAAUUGCUGUAUCUUGCUUAUAAAUCCUAUGUAUUGCAGGUAGGGCGCUUCCCUCUGGUCAACAACCUGGCCCAAUAAGUUUUAGGCCGCCAACAGCACAGUCAAACCCAUUUGGUCCUUCAUCUACAUCUGCUAGUCUUUCUUUGAGUAAUCCAUUUGUCCCCAAGGGUUUUGGACCAGCAGCUGCCUCAGCUUUCAGUUCUUCAGCUUUGAGUGCUUCAACGGAAGUUAAGCCUUUUCACUCGCCCUCAUUUCCAUCCAUCAGCAGAUGAGCUUGCAGAUAAUGCUCUGAAUCUCAUGCAUAAUUCUUAAGGCGGCCUUCUAAUUAUCUAAUUUAUUUAUGAUCUUGGUUGCCAUGAAAUGAUCGGAAUCCACUACUUUGAUUAUUUGGGGUAUUCUUAUAGUUAGACAAUCUUGCUUGUCUCCAAAUUGACAGUAUCUUGUUUUCUCAUUUUUCAAGGCUUAACUCAGAAGAUCUCUGCUGGGGGCUUCUUGAAGAAGACACUGUUCAAUUUUGCGUACUCCCAGUAAGUGUUGUUUACUUGUCUAGUCUGGUCUUUCAUCUCUAGAUUUCAUCUUACAUUUAAGCAUUGGCAUGUCCUUGUGAGCUCAACUUGAACAAAAAAACGGGAUAUUUCAUAAUUCUUGCUUGCAAUUCUGGUUCCUGUUUCUUGACUAACUGGUGAUCUCACUCUCGCUUUAGCAAAUUGAGUAAUUUGAAAGGCGGGAGUAAGACAGACGAGGCAUCUCCACUCAGUGACAAGCUCGUCUUCAGCAAGGUAAUCAUGAUGCUUGGUCUUAACUAUUAAGUCAGUCUAAUUAUGUUGUCAAAUUGCGAAAUACUGUUAUGGUGUUUAACUCUGGUUGCUCUUCCUCACAAGUAAAGCAAGGGUUGGGAGGAAAUGUACGGCUAAUCCUAUCUGGAGCAGCACCACUGGCCAGCCAUGUUGAAGCUUACCUUCGAGUCGUCACAUGUGCCCAUGUUCUACAAGGAUGGUUCCACACUGGUUCGUGAACUAUUCCCCUCUGGUUCAAGAUUCUGUAACAAUGUACUAAAGUUUCUAACAAAUUUCAAUCUCAACUAUUGUACAAACAAGUGAUGUUGGGGAAUGGCAGCCCGACGGAAGCAUGAAAAUCAUCGACCGGAAGAAGAAUAUCUACAAGGACACUAGUCUGUUUGGCGUUUAUACAGUGGCUAAGGUGAGAUUCCUACUACUUUUUACUCAUGGUUUCCUGUUUGAAUAGUAAUUAGACUAUGAGACGGCUACUGGACUAUGAAAUGAAGAUCACAUUUGGAUGAUUCCAAGUAAGAUCAGUUCCACCUUUAGCUGAAAAAUCCACAAUGUUAAAUAGAAUUUAAACCAUCCAUAACGUAAAGUGAUCAAAUAAUUUUGCGACAAUCAAACUUAACUAAAAGAAACGCAUAAACUUAAA